UUUUCAUCUUCGAGAAUAUCGCAUUAUUCGAUACACUACAGAGGAAGAAUAUCGAAUUCAGUAUCGAUUCUAUUCGUACAUACACUGUGGAUGACUUCGCCGUUUCGCUUAAUGGUCAAACAGUGAACGUGAAAUGGGGCAGAAUCAAUCUGGUACUGGUGGUACAGGGGGUGACAGGAAGGAUGACAAGGACAAAAAGAAGAAGUAUGAACCCCCAAUUCCAACAAGGGUGGGCAAGAAAAAGCGACGUAUAAAAGGACCCGAUGCUGCUUUGAAAUUGCCACAAGUUACUCCUCAUACACGUUGCAGAUUAAAGCUUUUGAAGCUAGAACGUAUAAAAGAUUAUUUAUUGAUGGAAGAAGAAUUUAUCAGAAAUCAAGAAAGACUGAAACCUCAAGAAGAAAAGAAUGAAGAGGAAAGGUCUAAGGUCGAUGACUUAAGGGGAACUCCAAUGUCUGUUGGAACAUUGGAAGAAAUAAUUGAUGAUAAUCAUGCCAUAGUUUCAACAUCUGUUGGUUCUGAACAUUAUGUAUCAAUUUUAUCAUUUGUGGAUAAAGAUCAGUUAGAACCUGGAUGUUCCGUCUUAUUAAAUCAUAAAGUUCAUGCAGUUGUUGGAGUUUUGGGUGAUGAUACAGAUCCUAUGGUUACUGUAAUGAAGUUAGAAAAGGCUCCACAAGAAACUUACGCUGAUAUUGGUGGGCUUGAUACGCAAAUUCAAGAAAUCAAAGAGUCUGUUGAAUUGCCAUUGACUCAUCCAGAAUAUUAUGAAGAAAUGGGUAUUAAACCGCCUAAGGGAGUCAUAUUGUAUGGACCUCCUGGAACUGGAAAAACAUUAUUAGCCAAAGCAGUAGCUAAUCAGACAUCAGCUACUUUCCUGAGAGUUGUUGGCUCUGAACUUAUACAAAAGUAUUUGGGUGAUGGUCCAAAACUUGUGAGAGAAUUGUUUAGAGUUGCAGAAGAGCAUGCUCCUUCAAUUGUAUUCAUAGAUGAAAUAGAUGCUGUAGGCACAAAACGAUAUGAUAGCAACAGUGGAGGAGAACGUGAAAUACAGAGAACCAUGUUAGAACUCUUGAAUCAACUUGAUGGUUUCGAUAGUAGAGGGGAUGUUAAAGUUGUAAUGGCAACAAACAGAAUUGAGACCUUAGAUCCAGCAUUGAUCAGACCAGGUCGUAUCGACAGAAAGAUAGAAUUUCCGUUACCAGAUGAAAAAACAAAAAGAAGAAUCUUUAGCAUUCACACCAGCAGAAUGACUUUAGCACCUGAUGUUAAUUUGGCAGAAUUGAUUAUGGCUAAAGAUGAUCUUUCAGGUGCAGAUAUAAAGGCUAUUUGUACUGAGGCUGGUUUAAUGGCACUACGCGAACGCCGUAUGAAAGUUACCAGUGACGAUUUCAAAAAGUCUAAGGAAAGCGUUUUGUAUCGGAAAAAAGAGGGUUCACCAGAAGGAUUGUAUUUAUAAAAGUAUUUCGAUUAAUAUUCUUUACUUCCAAUUCAAUCAUAAAGUGUUACAA